UGCUCGAGCUUGUGCAGUGUUGUCCUUUUCAGCAGAGAGAAGCGUGGAAGGGACCUUGGCAAAGGUUAGGUCUGCUGGUGGGAGAUGGAGAAGCAUGGGGCGAGUGACAGCCCAACAAGCUAAGCUGCUGCAGGGGCUUGCUCUGGGAAGACAAUGCCGAGUUGCUUUUAGCUCCUGAUGAAUAAAUAUGCGGGGCACUCGUCCAGGCACACUUGAAACAUGUGGGGAAUGAGGAUUGCCACCCCCACAGCGGUUUUGUUGAGGAAGCGAUCAUUGGGAUACUCCCAAAUGGCAUGCGCAGAAGGGUAGUUAUGGUAAGUUUUGACGAGCUCGGAAGGGGUUGUGCCAAAAAAGACGCCGAUGAUGGCGGCGUCGGCUUGCUCCCACACGCUGUAUGAUUCCUCAUACUUAGACAUGGAUUCCUCAUGUGCCUUGGUCUCUUCCUCAGUGGCCGUGGCCGAGAGCUUCUUGGGAAGGGCCGGCAUCUUUCCUUUGCCGCGAUUGAGGAGGACAUCCUUGAGGUAAAUCCCCUCUAUCUUAGUAGAUGCUUAUCAACCUCAUAGCUCCACUCCUUGAAGUUAGGGCUUGAGCCAUUUGGGUCGAGACGCGAGUGAUUGGGUUCGAGAGAGACGCGGAAGGGGCGACGGGCAGCAGCCCGUCCAGCUUCGAUGAGCAGAUGCGGGGCGACGGGCGACAGCCUGAACAGGUGCGAUGAGCAGAUGCGGGGCGACAGGCUCAGCCGGAUCAGGUGCGAUGAGCAGAUGCGGGCCGACGGGCUCAGCCCGAAGUGAAGCGCAAAGAGCUGAGCGACAGGCAGAAAUCCGGCGGGAGCCGCAAGCGCUAGAUCUGAGGAGGGAAAACAGAAUGUGCUUAGGAGCGUGACGACUUAGCACUGAGAGAGGUUGUGCAAACUAGAGCGCACAAGUGAGGCUCCGGCGGAGCGAGAGGAUCAUGAGCCGCAUGGGCGGGAACGGAGCUCUGAUACCAUGGCCGAAACUGAGAACUUAAGUGCAAGAGCAAGAGCAAGAGCAUACAUCCCUAAGUAACGAGCAUUGGAGAGGAUGGGAAGGGAUAAAGGAGAAUCGGAGGGAAUCCCAAGGGAAUCCUCCCAAAUCUUGGGGAUCCAGGAUGGAUUGGAUUGGGAUAGGUUGGGGAUGAAAACAAGGCUACACCCAACCUAACAAAUAUGCCUAACCCUAAAACCAACAAAUUACUCGCACACAAAGUUGUGCCAACCGAAUUGCAGCCCAUCUCCAACAAAGGAACCAUGCGUGAGGAGUCUAUUUUUGAGGCGCCUCAAAGGAUGCCUGUGAAAGAACCAUGCGUGAGGAGUCUAUUUUUGAGGCGCCGCAAAGGUUGCGUGUGAAAUUGACAGAGGGGGAUGCCCUGGUGGCGCUUCGCCUGGUGGGGGAGAGCAGCGCGGACAGCGAAGCUCUUGAAGCUACCGAGGUACCUACUAUUGAGUGCGGGGAGUUGCUAGUGGGCAGCGAUGCGGGCAUCAUCAACCGUUUGAGGGUGAGGGACAUCCCUGUCCACUCGCGCACCUCCCGCGGCUGCCGCCUCAUGCGCAUCGCCCCUGGGGACAGCCUCACGUCCGUGUCGCUCGUGCCGCGUGCGGCGGAAGGGGGGCUGGAUGAUGAAGAUGCUCCUCUAGUGGUGCCGGAGGGAGGGGCGAGUGACGAGGAGAGCGAGGAGGAGGAGGUGGUGGUAGGAGCGCAGAGCGUGAAAGCUACGGUGAUGAAAAGGCUCUGAGUUUGCCUCAUGCGCAUCGCUGCAGGGGAUCGGCUCUCGUCCGUGUCGCUGGUGCCAGCUGCCGCAGAGGGGGAGCUGGACGACGAGGAUGCUCCUCUAGUGGGAUACGGCACCGCUGACUUUGCCACUUCUGCAGUGUGCCUUCUCUCAAGAACCGAGAGGUGUCCUCCUAGUCAUGGACUCGUAGCCCAAUGGGGUGUCCUGUCCGAGAGGUGUCCUCCUAGUCAUGGACUCAUCGCUACUCGCAGCAAAUGGUAUUGGUUGUUGUUGUCCUAGUCAUAGCUCAAUAGUUCUACCGGUACUUGCACCGCCUGGAGUCUGGGACGGGAAGCAUAAAAACUAGGA